GGCACAUGCAAAGACCAGCAUUGACCAGCGCCUUUGCUGCCAUGUCGCUAGCGACAUGAGGAGACGCAGAUGGCGUUGAAGCUCCUGGCUCUUUUACAUCUUAUCAGCCUCAGGCUUGCAGCGAGCGGGGCUUUGACCAGGCACACGGGGCCUGCAGCCGCUGAGGCAUUGAGCGCCCGGCGCUUGGCCGGCGAGACCCAACUCGGCACCAGCCAGGUCUUCCACGCAGAGCCGCCCUGGCGGGACCCCAGCGCGGCGGUGCGCCGGGAUUCGCUGUCGCUGAAGUGGGCCUUGGAUCCCUCGGUGCUGACGGUGGAGCUGCAGCACGACAAGGGCUUCGGCGGGGACUUCCUGGCCACAGUUCCCAUACGUGCGGAGUACACCCGCUACCAGCUGAACGGGCUGCGGGUUGGGGGCACCUACCGCUUCCGCCUGCGCGCGGAGACCGCGGCCGGGUGGGGCGUCUGGAGCCCCGAGGCCGCGCUCCGCGCGGUGGAGCCGCCCUCCGCGCCCUCGGGGCUCCACGCGGUGUGGCACCCACAAGCACUUCGCCCACAGCUCUGUUGGGCAGCACCAGAGGACCUGGGGGGCGCCAACGGCGCGGACGGCGCAGACCUGGUUGUGCAGCUGUACCGAGUUUGGCUGCACAUGGACGGGCACGUCCGCUUGCUGGCAACUCUGGAUCGCACGGACCGCACCUGUUGGGAGGUGGAUGUGCCACAGCUCUUCAGCGAGAGCCUGGUGUUGUCGGUGAGUGCGGCCAACCAGGACUUCGAUGGCUCCAAGAGCGAGACCCUGGAGUUGCUCACCACCGGGCCCCCAGGGCAGCCGGGCGCGCCGGUGCUGGAGAACUCCACUGCGGGAUGGGUCACUCUGCGCUGGGCGCCCCCGACCACCCGCGGCCUGCGCUGCGAUGCGGCGCGGCCGAGCUGUCAGGAGCUGUCGGCCCAGUUCGGGCGCUCCGCACCGGCCGGCGCCGUAGCCUAUGAGCUCUACUGGGACGCGGGGCUGGGCACUUUGCCCUCGGAGCUGGUCUACAGCGGCGCCGAGCCUUGGGCGGAGGUGGCCCUUGGCGCUUUGACCCAGAGCUGUUUGCAGUUCCGCGUCCGCGCGGUGGUUUCCGGCGCCGGCGGAAGCAGCGGGCCCUUCAGCGAGAUCUUGGCGGUGCUGCCGACGGGCCUGGCCGCAGCGCCUGAGUUGAGGCUGGAGUCUGCCCGCGCCGGCCUCGUGAAGCUGUCCUGGACACUUCUCCCCACGGUUUCCGGAUGCAACUGGUGGUUCGAGGUGGAGGUCUCGGAUGUGGCCGAAGGCAACACCACCAUCCUCCAGACCGGGUUGGACACCAUGGAGGUGGCGGGCCUGGGCUUCCGGGAUUACGGCUUCCGCGCGCGGAGCUGCGCCAGCGCCGGCUGCGGCGCUUGGUCCAACGGGGUGAGGGCGCUGCCGAAGGAUCCACCGGAGGCGCCCAAAGCGCCGUACUCGGUGAGUUACCAGGACGGCAUGUUGACGCUGGCCUGGACGGAGCACGAGGAUUUGCUGCCGCACGCCUCCGGAGCUUCCCAAUUCUUGGUGGAAGCCUACGAGGUCUUCGGCGCCGAGUCGCUGGAGGGCCCCUACUGGAGCUUCGGCUCGGUGGCGAUCAACCAACCACCGCAGCUGAAAGUGCCCUGCAACGAGACGGGCGCUUACCCUGCCCUCUUUGCCAAGGUUUCUGCGCGCUUCACCGGCGCCAGCGGCGCCCCCGGCGCCGCGUGGUCCGACGCCGCGGCGCUGCUCUGCGCGCCGCGGCCGGCGGCGCCGCCGCAGGCGGUGGCCAAAGUGCGGCGAGUGGGGACGGGGGCGCUGGACGUGCUCAGCGACUACGAGGUGGAGGUGGCGCUGACUUUGGAGGGCCAGGCCUCCUCCGUGGUGGCGUUGCACCGCGGCUGGCGCGCGGCCUUAGAGCCGGUGGCAUCCACGGCCGCCGACGCGGCGAACAUCUCCCGCGAGGUCUUGAUCUCCGACCCCUGGGUGCGCAGCUACACCUUCCGCAACUUGCCCGCGGCCACGGUGUGGGCGCUGCGCUACGGGGUGAACGCCAUGUCCGGGGAGGGGCCCUGGUCCCCGGAGCUCUUCCUCAGGACGAACGUCCGGCCACCCCAGCCAGUGCUCCGUGUGGAUUGGAGCUCUGACGAGAUCAUCGCGCUCUCAUGGACUUGGGAGCCCAGUGCGGACGAGGAUUCCAUCGUGAGUUUCCGUCUCUACGUGGACUGGCGGGACGGGGAGAACUACUUCGACCUACAGCAGCCAACUUUGUCCCUGCAGGUGCCCAGCAGUGAGGUGAACUGCACGGACCUCUUCGCCGAGUCCUUCAGUCAGCACCGGCUCUUCUUCGCCGUGGCAGCGGUGUCCAGCUUUGGGGAAGUGGGGGACCUCUCCGCGACGGUCAGCCGCCUCUGCUCGGCUCCGCCGGAGAAGCCCAGCGCCCCGAGCCUCGCGGACCUGGAGGACUUCGGCCUAGGGGGCUCCUACGCCUCGCUGCUGUGGGCGGUGCCGAAUCUCCACGGGGCGCCGCUGGUGGCGGUCAACCUGCGGCACUUCACCGGGGGCGCCUACGGCUACCGACUGGAGGAGCUGCGUUUGGCAGCCCGGGACAUCCAAAACGACCUGCUGAACGUGAGCGCCAACUUAUCACAGCCUGCCCGCUUUGCCGUACAGACCGUGUCCGAGGUGGGCUCGGGGCCGUGGUCGGACUGGCUGGACCUCACGAAGCUGGCGCUGCCGCCGCUGCCGCCCCGCGUCUCCAUCGCCUCCUCCACGGAUACAGAGAUUCACGUGGCCUGGUCCCUGGACCGCUCGAAGGAGCGGGGCGCCUUUACCACGGGGUACUACGUCUACGUGUCGGUGGAUGGCACCACAUGGCCAAAUGAGGAAGGCUAUAUCACCACCUGGCAGGACGAGUUCACGACCACCUACACUAUGGACUGCACGGCCACGAGUCUUCUGGGUGGCCAGAGUCGGUCAAAGCAGUUCCUUUGGUUCAAAGUGGCCUCCCGCUCCAUCGCGGGCCGGGGGCCGCUGUCCAUUGCGACGGCCGGGCGCUGCUCGCAGCCCCCUACGGCGGUGCAGAACUUGCGGCUCAGCGGCGCCACCUUCGAGGGAGGCUCGCUAGGCACCAGCUACAUCACCUGGGACGAGCCCGCCGACUUGCACGACGCGGUCUUGUUAGGCUACAAGGUCUACGUGGAUGAUGGGAACUCCGCAGAUGCCCAAGACCUGUACACCCUGCGCAGCAUCAUCGAGGAUCCCGCGAUCCGGACCUUCCGCCAUGACGCCGCGGAGCAGGGCCGAAGCUACAAGUACAAGGUCACCGCGGUCUCGGAGGCCGGGGAGGGUACGGCUGUUGAGCUGAGCUUGGCGCCCGCGGUGGCGCCUUUGGCGCCGGAGGCGCCCAGGCUGCUGGACGACUGCACCAUCGUGUGGGACACCACCAAGGCUCUGUGCCCCAUCCCGCAAAACUACGUCCUGACCAUCGCGUCUGUGGACAUCCGAUUCGAGGCCAGCAUCGACGCGCCCAGGGUCUUUCCCUUCAUCACGGUGACCGCGGGCACGCUGCUGGAAGUCUCCGAGGAGCAGCUGGGCAGCGAUGGCCGGCUCUACCUGAAGAUCCCGCUCCACGCCGGUUGGCUCUGGGACGACACCCCGCUGAGUCCGGCCGAAGGGCCGUUGGCCACGCGUCUGCCCAAGCUGAAGUUCCAGUGGACCUGGACGGAGGAGGUGCGCGCUCUGGGCGGGGCGCCGCUCACCGCGUGGCACAUCUACCGCUCUACGGACGGGGUGACUUGGCCCAGCAACGUCAGCGGCACCGCGCUAGCGGAGGCGCGGAACGCAUCGCUGGACUGCGAGGUGGCGGAGGUGGGUUUGCCCUUCUGGGUGCGACUCACGGCGGUCAACGACAUCGGGGAGUCUCCUCCCUCGGAGGCUCUGAAGAUGCGUUGCGCGCUUCCGCCGGGCCUGCAGCCUGCGCCGACGCAGACGGGCAGCGACAUCACGUCGAUGGUCCUCAGCUUCAACCCCUCGAACCUUCACGGCGCGGAGCUCUUGGCGCACAGGCUGACCUACGCCCUGGACUCCGACUUGGGCAUCCUGGCGCCGACGCAGCUGGAGAUCUCGGCCCAGGAGACCUACGUGAACAUCUCCGGGCUACUACCUUGGUCCACCUAUGUGGUCAAGGUGCAGGCCAUCACAGAGGCGGGCAUGUCCUUGGAUCCGGACUGGCAAGUGAACAUGACCACGGGCAACGUGAUCUCCGUGGACGCGCCGACGUACCUCUCCUCCGAUGGGUCGCUGGUGCGCUUCAGCCUGGCGAAUCUCACAGGCGGCCGGGAGUGGGAGGACGGGUACCAGACACCCAGCUUCAACGUCUACAUCACCGCGGACGACCGCGCCUGGCCAAGUGUUCUGCAGCCCACGGUGGUGACGGACGCGGAGCUUUUGGAGCACGACUGCAGCAAUACGCCGGACUACGCCCAGCUGGACGCCAGCGGGAACCCCACCAUGGUGGACCACCGAUAUGGCCUGGUGUACGUGCGCGUGUCGCUAAGCACGGCCUUGGGCCCCGGAGACUUCUCCCCCGCCAGCGCCUUCUUCUGCUCCCCGCUGCCGCUGCCACCGGCCGUGGAGCUGCUGAGUGCUGACCCCCACCAGGUGAUGCUGAAGUGGGCGAGCCCGGACCUGUUCAACGCGCCUUUGGUGGGCUACAACAUCUACAUGGACGACGGCCUGGGAGGCGAUGUGAAUCUGUACACCCACCUUCCGGCGGAAGAGGUCGCCUAUGAUGAGACCAACGAGUCGGUGAUUCUGCAGCUGCAUCCUUUGGAUGCUGGCAAGUGGUACCGAAUCAGGGUCACUGCGAUCUCCGCGGCCGGGGAGUCCGAGAACGCGGCCAUCUUCAGCGCGCAGACCUGCGCGUCCCCGCCCAGCCCGGAGGUGUGGUACUUGCCGGCCCCCGACGCGCUGAAGCUCCGCUGGAACGCGUCUUUGGGCUCCGGCGUGUGCUCCGUGCAUGGCUACCAGGUGGUGGCGGAGAUGGUCAACCUCACCGGUGUGGAGAACCUCACCUUGGUCACGAUGGCCUCCGAGAUUUUGGGGCCCGACAGGUUAGACUACGUGGUGCCAAACCUGGUGCCGCAAGCCGAGUACCGCUUCCAGGUGCACGCCUUUGCGGCCGCCAACGUGCGGGUCAGCGGGUGGACGUUGAGCCAGGCGGUUGGGGUGCCGAUGCAGAUGGAGCCCCCCAGCCACGAUCUGAACCUCUCCACGGCGAGCGCGGUGUAUCUCAACUGGACCUCCCCGGACCUCAACGGCGGCAUGGCUGUGGGCUUCGAGCUCUUCCGGAACGACGGGCCAGGCACCAUGAUGCGGAGCUCCGCGGAGGAGUGCAUGGUUGCGUCCGCUGCGGCUUCCUGUUCCGACUGCUUCGUGCCCGUGGCCCAAGCCCCGUUUGCGAGCGGCUGCUUCGUGACGGGCUUGGCACUGGAGACGACGUACCGCUUCCAGGUUCGGGCUCUGAACCACCUGGGCGCUGGGCCGCUGAGCGAGGCUUCGGAGAUCUGGGUCGGAGGCGCGCCGGCCGUGACGCGCCCGUGGCUCGUUGCGGCGCGGAGCGGCAACUGCACCAUGGCCUGGCACUGGGCGCCGGCCACGGAGAACGGCCGCGUGGUGCACAGCUACGAGCUCUUGGUGCAGGCCGCGGACGGCUCGGAGACGAUGCUCUCGCUGCCCGGAACGGUGGAUGCACCGCUUUUGGACCUUCAGGCAGAGGUCGCCUUCUUGACGCCCCACGUGUACCACCGUGCCGCGGUGCGCGCCAUUAGCGCCCUGGGCGCCUCCGAGUGGUCCGAGUGGUCCGCGGCGCGGCUGUGCAUCGACGCGCCGCUGGCGCCCGGCGCGCCAAGGCGGGGCUCCGCCACCGCGGGGCGCGUGAAGCUCCAGUGGGAUGAGGUCACUGCCGCGCUGGCUGGGGAGGACCCAGCGAACCUGGGCGUGGACUACGACCUUUGGGGCAGCCCCGACCUGUCCGACGGCUCCAACUGGCGGCGCCUGUACCAAGUGACUUCACAUGAGGCCGACCCGCUGGGUGGCCCGGCAAUCGCCGUGGACCCCUCCGUGGAGAUCGACACCUUCCCAGAGACCCCGGUGACCAGGGUCUGGGGCUUCAAGCUGCGCCUCGGCAACCGCAACGGCUUUGGGCCCUUCUCGCCGUACGUGGCGCUGUCCACGGCGCAGCUGGCCACAGAGGUGCUGAGUCUGCAGGCCUCGGUCACCGCCUCCGGAAUCCUUCUCACCUGGCUUCCCCCGAUCUCCGAUGGCUUCAUCCCCCUCUCGUCCUACGAAGCCCGCUGCGGCGGCGCUUGGGAAGCGGUGGCGAACACGGUGCUGAGCCACGAGGUGAUCUUCAGCCCAUCGCCCGGUCUGGUGACCUGCGAGGUGCGCGCCAACAACGCGGUGGGCCUCGGCCCCGCUGCCAGCACCUCCCUGCUGGUGCUGUGAGGUGUGAGGUGUCGCGCCAAGCACGGAGUCAGAUUCCAAGUCGAAACUCGCUUCCUGAGUUCAUGGGCUUCCUUGCUGCGAG